UGUGGAUAAAGCGGCUCCAGCACAAACAUCACAACACACACAAGAUUCCCCAAUAUUGGUCCUUCGAGCCGGAUAGCUUCACCCACGACAGCGCCAUGGAUGCACAGGAAACAGCAGCAGCUACGAUUGGAGCUCAUGGAGGAAGACAGCGACAUCUUCCAACACACCUGCAAGGCUAUAAGGCCAGUUUACCACAGUCUCUCUUGCCUAAUCCUACCCCCCUCCAAUAUGUCACUUAGCCUGCAAACCGGGUUAGCAGCUGAGAGUGACCAGCUACACACUGCAAUUGGACGCCCUCCCUCUUACUCCUUGCCAGGAGCAGCAAAUAAGGCACAUUUGUGGGACAUGGCACCUUAUGCUAGCAACAUUCCUGACCUGCAGAAUAUGUGUGUGAUGCCUCAACUGCCAUCUCCCUCAGAGCAGAGCUGCCACAGUCAUCAAUCAACAGAAUACAGCCUCAGUGAGAACGGAUAUGGCCCCCUCUCGUCACAUCCAUCUCCAACCCACUCACACUGGUUGGACUCACAAGCAGAUAACCGCAUCUUGCAGCAGCAGCCAUUAUCCAUCCAGCUGGGACCAGCCACCAAGCAUCAGGAUAAGCUGCCAACGACAACACUGCUGUGCACGACUACAGCGACAUUCCAGUCUCAAGACCUCCCAGCCUUCAUGCCGAGUCAGAAGCAGGAGAGAAGCAUAUUGACUCAGUCUCUACCACCAACAGUCACAUCUGCACGGUUGUUUGGAGCUGUUUCUAAGCCAACAGCACUUCUGGCUACAAGCACGGUCAUGUCGGCACCUAUCGUCCAAGGGAUGCAAGCAACAGGUCACGUUGGCCAACAACUGCCAACAACUACAAGGUACCAGCCUGCUCACCAGCCAUACCAGCCUGUGCCUCCUCCUGUGGCAACCACAUCUGGCAGCAUGCAGGAGGCAAUACAAAUCCCAUAUCAGUCUAUGACAACGGCAUCCGCAGCAAAUCAAUAUGUUCCGGCCGCACCUGUCCAACCACCAUAUCAACCACAUUACGCACCAGCGCUGUACCCGGCUCACCAGCUACCAGCUGCACAACAACCAGUGGCCCAACAUCCAGUUGUUAUGCCUCAGCAAUCUUCCUACGGGCCACCCAACUGGUCUGUAGCGCUCUCACCUUAUACACAGUCUGCUGUCCCCCAGCAGACAGCGUAUCAGUCUCUACCUGUCCUUCCGGCACAGUACGCAUAUCAACCGGCGGGCCAUCUACAACCGGCGUGCCAACCACCGCAGUACCAGCAGGGCCAUCUACAACCGGCGUACCAACCGCCGCAGUACCAGCAGGGCCAUCUACAACCGGCGUACCAAUCGCCGCAGUACCAGCAGGGCCAUCUACAACCGGCGUACCAACUGCAGCCUAGCCCAUCGUCUCAGCCAGCCUAUCAACUAGUGCCUUCCACCCCUGGUCCUUUAAUGCAUCAGUCUGUACCAGCCCUGCCAGUCCAGUAUUCCAUUCAACCACAGCAUUCACUGUACGGGUCAAAUGCUCCCCUACCUCCUAGACAGCCAGUCCCAGUAUCUAAACUGCCUAAAUUGGUGCGUGACAGCGAGAGAGAAUUGACUCAACGACUGUCCGAAAGGAUGGCACAGCGCCAUCGGCGUGAAGGUACACAGCCCCCUAAAAGAUACAAGCAAUUUCAUGCACCAAGGCCUCGCAACCAUCAGGUCUCAGUUUACCAUGGCUCUGACAAGUCUGAAGCUGAAAACCGUCAUCCUUCAGAGACGACUCGGCCAGAGGCCAAGCAGCAGAAAUUCAAGAGGAUGUGUCUCUUCUGUAAGAGUGAUGAGCAUUACCUGUCACAGUGUUCAAACAUCAUCCAGUGCUCUCUGGAGAAAGUUGAAAAAUGGAUAGUAGACGGCAAACGUUGUCGUAACUGCGGUCGCACCAACCACCGGCAAGAAGCUUGUAACUUGAAGAAAGCAUACAGUGAGUGCCAGGAAAUCCACCUCAGAGUUCUCCAUUGUGUUGCUAAGCCAAGUCCACGUGUCUACCUCAUCACGCUAAAUAAUUGUGCUGUGCUCUCCAACUCCAAGCAAGGAGGGAAGGUCUACCUCAAGGUGGUGCCAGUCAUCAUCAGCCAUGGGGACAAGUCUCUUAACACCUACGCGAUCCUGGACGAUGAAGCUGAACGAACAAUGAUACUGCCAGCUGCAGUUCAACACCUGGGACUCAAAGGUGAAGCUGAGUCUCUCUUCCUGCAGACCAUCCGCCAAGAUGUGGCCAGCCUCACUGGUGAGUCUGUUGACUUCCAUGUGGCCUCUCUGACACAGCCUCCUAAGCAGCAUCUCAUUACGGGUGCCUUUACAGCGGGUCAGAUAGCCUUAUCAGAGCAGUCCUACCCUGUGACAGCACUCCAGAAGCGUUAUCGCCACUUGAAGGGGCUUCCGCUGAAGAACUUUAGUAAGGUUCAUCCGCUACUGCUAAUUGGCUCGGAUUGCACCCACCUGAUCACAGCCAGGGAGCCAGUCAGGGUCGGCCCCAAAGGUGGACCCACAGCCAUCAAUACAGCACUCGGCUGGGCACUUCAGGUUCCAGUGAAAGGUUAGCAGUACGGUCCUGAUUGGACCAGGAAGCCGUCAGUAUCCUGGAAGCCCGCACUGAGAGGGUGAAGGUGGGCGACA